GUGAAGCUUGUUCAGCUGCUGAAAAGGACGGACUGUGUGCAGGUCAGAGUAAGAUGGACAGCUGUGUGGCUCUAAUUCUUCUGUCUUCCAUAAUCUCACUCACCACAGCUGUCAGUGUGAGGUUGGUGGAUGGUGGCAGUCGCUGUGAAGGGAGAGUGGAGGUCUAUCGUAAUGAUCAGUGGGGAACAGUGUGUCAUUAUCUCUGGGAUUUGACAGAUGCUGCAGUGGUGUGUAGAGAGCUGGACUGUGGAGAGGCUCAGAAUAUUCCUCAGUUUGGUCCAGGAUCAGGACCAAUAUUGAUGGGAUAUGUGCGAUGUCGUGGAUCAGAGUCUACACUGAACAGUUGUAAUUUUCCUUCAGGUUUUGGUGAAUACUGUAAAUCUCAUGAUCUAGACGCUGGAGUCACCUGCUCAGGUCGCAUCUCUAGACUUGCUGAUGGUCCUCAUCUGUGCUCUGGGAGAGUGGAGGUGCUUCGUGGAGGAAACUGGUCCACAGUGUGUGAUGCUGGCUUUGACCAGGAGGAUGCAGAGGUUGUGUGUCGAGAGCUGGGCUGUGGGCUUCCUGUGGAGGUGCUGGGAGCAGCUGCUUUUGGCAGAGGGGAGGGUCAGGUGUGGUCAGAGGAGUUUCAGUGUAGAGGCACUGAGUCUGAGAUUUAUUUGUGCCCAACAUCUUCACCCAAACACAGCUGCACAAACACAGCUGCACAAGCUCAUGACAGUGAUGUGGGUCUGGUGUGCUCGGGUCACACUCAGGCUCAGCUGGUGAGUGGCUCUGACUCCUGUUCUGGUCGAGUGGAGCUCCAGUACCUCAGUGAGCGAGGCACAGUGUGUGAUGUAAGCUGGAAUAUGAGAGCUGCCAGUGUCCUCUGUGGUCAGCUGAACUGUGGGAGUGCUGUGGCUGUGUUGGGGUCAGACUGGUUUGGGGAGGGGAGUGGUCAGAUCUGGGCUGAUGUGUUUGAUUGUCAGGGGAACGAAACACACCUGUCAAAAUGUCCCAUUUCAUCAUGGAGUCGAACUGCAUGCUCUCAUAAACAGGACGCUGGAGUCAUCUGCAGUGAUUCGUCUCUGGCGUUUAAUGAGGGGCGAGUGCAGUUGUCUGGAGGGAUGGAGUGUGAGGGAGAGGUGGAGGUGUACUUCAUGCAGGACUGGAGGAGAGUUCUGCUGGACUCCUGGAGUGAGUCUGUGGCCUCUGUGGUCUGCAGACAGCUGGGCUGUGGUUCUGUGUUCAACUUCUCCAGCUCCUCUACAUCCAGUCCUGAACACAGUCACAUGUGUGUGACGGGUUUCAAUUGUUCUGGGAGUGAAGCUCAUCUGAGGAACUGCAGCAGCGCACAAGCAGUCAACUGCAGCUCCAGAGAACAGCUCUCAAUCACCUGCUCUGGUAAGUUUAAUUCAGCUCACAGCUCCAUCAGGCUGGUUGGUUCUGGGGGAAAAUGUGCAGGAAGGCUGGAGGUUUUCCACAACGGUUCAUGGGGGACAGUAAGUGAUGACUUGUGGGACGUUAAGGAUGCGCAGGUGGUCUGCAGACAGCUGCAGUGUGGAGUGGCCCUCAGUGCUCCUGUACCAGCCCAAUUUGGACCAGGAACUGGACUCAUAUGGCUGAAUGAGGUGGAGUGUGAGGGGAACGAGACGUCCCUAUGGAACUGCAGAUUUCACCUGUGUGGAAAGGACGAAUGUGGGCACAAGGAUGACGUAGGAGUCGUGUGUUCAGAGUUUAAAGAGUUCAGACUCACUGAGGGCUGUGAGGGGAAUCUAGAAGUGUUCUACAAUGGAACCUGGGGUAAUGUGUGUGUAAAUGGGAUGGAUGAAGAAACAGUAAGUCUCAUCUGUCAGGAGCUGAACUGUGGAAGAUCUGGCCGUGACGGGGCUUCCAAAGCAAGAGUGGAAUCAGCUCCUAACUGGCUGGACAAUCUGAAAUGUAGGAAACAUGACUCCACUCUGUGGCACUGUCCAUCUUCACCCUGGAGACAAAAUAACUGUAUUAACCGCAAUGAAGUGGCUGAAAUAACCUGUUCAGAAAAUGAAGAUGGUCUUGUGUUACGAAGCCACCUGACAUGUUCUUCAUCUCCUCAUCACAGACAGUGCUCAAAUCACUUGCCUCUCAGGCUAAGAGGAGGAGAAGGAAGCUGCUCUGGGAGGCUGGAGGUGUUUCACAAUGCUAAGUGGGGGUCUGUCUGUGCUGAUCUGUGGGACAUUAGGGAUGCUCAGGUGAUCUGCAGGCAGCUGGGCUGUGGGCCAGUGCUGAGUGCUGAUGGGAGUGCUGUCUUUGGUGCUGGUGAAGAGCCUAUCUGGCUGAACAGAGUGAAGUGUAGAGGGAAUGAGAUUCACCUGUGGGACUGUCCCCAUUCCCUGAAGGAACACACUGACUGCUCCCACAAGCAGCACGCUGGAGUCAUCUGUGAAGACAUAUCUGCACCUUCUACUGCUGCAACCAUAAUUACAACCACCACUUCCACCAUUGCAGUUGGUCAGACAACAAAGGGAACAACAACUCUUCCGCCAGCUCUUACAGUGGUUGUUCCGUCCAUCUAUUCAGUGUCUCUCCUGGUUCUGGGAGCGGUGCUCUUCCUGGCCUUAGUGCUUCUGGUUGUGCUGUUUUACCAGAACAGAGUGCUCAGGAGAGGGCUCUCUAAGAGGAUGGAGAACAUAGGCUAUGAAGGCCUUAGAAGAGGGCUUGAGGGAGUCUAUGAAGGCUUGAGUAGGGGCACUGAGAGAGUCUAUGAGGAGAUUUACUGCAGAUUCAAUACUGCAAGAACCACUCAAAGGGGAAGUGUCCUCUCUGAAGAACAGCAUUCAGGAUAUGAGGAUGUGGAUGAGGAACUUCUCUCAGAGAAAGUAGCAGAGAAUUAUGAUGAUGUCAUCACUGCUGAUCAGAGCUCAACUGUCGUAACAGAAGACAUGACAGAUAUCUAUGAUGAUGCUGUUACUGCUGGACCAAACUCCAACAUGAUGAUAGACAAACCAGAGGACUAUGAUGAUAUCGGCACAGCUGAACAGGAUGUAAGAGAGGUACAAGAUUAUGAUGAUGUGGAGGAGGAGCCUCAGACAGACAUGAAUCAUGAAACUGAGAGACCACAUUCAAACCUCUUCAAACGCAACAAGUAACUUUACUUUGGAUCACAGUUCAGAAUAGAACAGAAACGCUGGUCAUUAUAGCUUUACUCUCAAACAAGAUAAAGUGUAUAUAAACAAAUAUCAAAUUUUCAACACUGUACUGUAAGUUCUUACAGACUUAGAUAGAAAUACUCACUGACACGUCUCAUGUACUUCAGUUAUUCCAUCAAAAUGAUUAUUAUCUUUGAUAUUUUUAUAUUCUUUAAAUCAUUAUUUUGUACAUGUUGUAAGAACUAUUCAAUUAAUUCACUGAUUGUUUUAAAGACAGAUUUCUGUGUGUGCGUGUGAGUUUAUCAUUCCAUUUACAAGCCUGUAAUAAUCAUGUGAUUAUUAUGCUGUCAACUUGAAAUUAGAUCCACAAAAUCACAUUGACUGUGUGUGAAUUAUGAUUUGAUUGUGUAAUGUAUAAAAUCUAUUACUGCGGUCUGAGAGAUCAUUCUGUACUCCUUGCUUCUCUUGCUGGUCAUUAUACACAGAGUAUAAAAAUACACAGUACAAGGAUGGUCUUUCUGAAAUUUAAAUAGGGAGUUUGGGGAAGAGGACAUCUGUGCUGCACCUUAAGCUCAAUGAAGUCCAACAAUCAUAAAGGAAUGUUAAGAGAGAGGACACAGAGUUGUCAGACCAAAAAUGUAUUUGUUCAUUUUAGAAUGUUGUUUUACCCAUUUUAUUUGCUAUUUUCCUUUUUCUUUUUUUCCUUUUUGUAAAAGUGUU